GGUCGUGACCCACAGGGUGAGAACCGCUGUGUUAGAAGGUAAGACCUGAUCUCAGACAUGAUCUACAGUUAUACACUCAGAUGGCAGAGCUGGAGAGUCUCACAGAGCCAGUCAACAAACUAAUUUUCCACAAAUGCUAGCAUUCUCUUCUUGUUGGCCCCGAGGCCUUGGCAGAGGCUAGCCAAGCACAGCUUCGCAGGAGACCCUCUUCUGACCAGCUCUCAUGUUGUCUUACUACAGCAAUGUUGUGGAGAAAUGUGUCACUCAUGCCUCACGUACGGAGCGUGCCGUGCUCAUUGAUGAGGUGUGCACCAUGAAUGACGGUCCCCACAGUGCCUUAUACACCAUGAUGAAGGACCAGUAUGCCAACUAUGUGGUCCAGAAGAUGAUUGAUGUGGCAGAGCCAGGCCAGCGGAAGAUUGUCAUGCAUAAGAUCCGGCCCCACAUCGCAACUCUUCGCAAGUACACUUACGGCAAGCACAUUUUGGCCAAGCUGGAGAAAUACUACAUGAAGAAUGGCGUUGACUUAGGGCCUAUCUGUGGCCCACCUAAUGGUAUUAUCUGAGGCAGUGCCACCCUGUUCCUUCAUUCCCGCUGACCUCACUGGCCCACAGGCAAAUCCAACCAGCAACCAGAAAUGUUGUAGUUUAGAAGCUGAAAUGGGCAAAUGGUUGCUCCAGGAUUACUCCCUCCUCCAAAAAAGGAAUCAAAUCCAUGAAUGGAAAAGCCUUUGUAAAUUUAAUUUUAUUACACAUAACAUGUACUAAUUAUUUUUUUUAAUUGACUAAUUGCCCUGCUGUUUUACUGGUGUAUAGGAUACUUGUACAUAGGUAACCAAUGUACAUGGGAGGCCACAUAUUUUGUUCCUUGUUGUAUCUAUAUUCCAUGUAUGGAAACUUUCAGGGUGGUUGGUUUAACAAAAAAAUGUUUAAAAAAAAAAAAACGUUUUUAACUCAUUUGCCUGGCCGGCAAGUUUUGCAAAUAACUCCUCCCCACCUCCUCAUUUUAGUAAAAAACAAAAACAAUCAAAAAAAAGUGAGAAGUUUGAAUUUUAGUUAAAUGACCCUGAACUGGCAUUUAACACUGUUUAUAAAAAUAUAUAUAUAUACAUAUUAUAUAUAUAUAAAUAAAAUGAAAAACAUUUCAGAGUUGCUAAAGCUUCAGUUUAUGAUAUUGUUUAUGAACCUUCUAAAAAUUGCUUUUUUGGGAGACUAUAUUCUGCUGAAGAAGAUAGUACAGCCUGUUUUGUGAGGAGGAGACGUGAGCAUCCAGAAGGUGUGUCAAGGCCGGGUGGGUGUGACUGUUUACUGCCUACUGAAUUCUUUUCUAUUAACAUUGAAAGGCAAAAUCUGAUUAUUUAGCAUGAGGAAAAAAAAAUCCAACUCUGCUUUUGGUCUUGCUUCUAUAAAUAUAUAGUGUAUACUUGGUGUAGACUUUGCAUAUAUACAAAUUUGUAGUAUUUUCUUGUUUUGAUGUCUAAUCUGUAUCUAUAAUGUACCCUAGUAGUCGAACAUACUUUUGAUUGUACAAUUGUACAUUUGUAUACCUGUAAUGUAAAUGUGGAGAAGUUUGAAUCAACAUAAACACGUUUUUUGGUAAGAAAAGAAAAUUAGCCAGCCCUGUGCAUUCAGUGUAUAUUCUCACCUUUUAUGGUCGUAGCAUAUAGUGUUGUAUAUUGUAAAUUGUAAUUUCAACCAGAAGUAAAUUUUUCUUUUGAAGGAAUAAAUGUUCUUUAUACAGCCUAGUUAAUGUUUAAAAAGAAAAAAAUAGCUUGGUUUUAUUUGUCAUCUAGUCAGAGUAUAGCAAGAUUCUUUCUAAAUGUUAUAUUCAAGAUUUGGUUCAAACUAGUGGGUUUUUUUUUUUAAUCCUAAAAAAGUAAUGUUUUGCUUAUUUUGUGACAGUCAAAAGGACGUGCAAAAGUUCAGCCCUGCCCGAGCUUUCCUUACAAUCAGAGCCCCUCACCUGUAAAGUGUGAAUUGCCCUUCCUUUUUGUACAGAAGAUGAACUGUAUUUUGCAUUUUGUCUACUUGUAAGUGAAUGUAACAUACUGUCAAUUUCCUUGUUUGAAUAUAGAAUUGUAACACUACACGGUGUACAUUUCCAGAGCCUUGUGUAUAUUUCCAAUGAACUUUUUUGCAAGCACACUUGUAACCAUAUGUGUAUAAUUAACAAACCUGUGUAUGCUUAUGCCUGGGCAACUAUUUUUUGUAACUCUUGUGUAGAUUGUCUCUAAACAAUGUGUGAUCUUUAUUUUGAAAAAUACAGAACUUUGGAAUCUG